GUAAAUAUGCGUCAAUCUAUGAACAGAGCUCUGCUGUCAGAGACACGCUCACUCCUUCCUCUAAUCACACCUGAAGACAGAAUAUACCAGGCCUAAAUCAUAUUCCUGUCAUGUUAGGACGAGGGACCAUGAGAGUGUUUGGCGAAACACUGCUCAUCAUCACCUGUCUUCAUCUCUUAGGUCAAGGCAGUGGACAAUCUGGAACAUGUAAACCGGAUAACUGUUUCAUUUGUUGGAACAAUACCAUUUCAAAUAACUGCUCCAAUGGUGUUCCAGAAAACUGCACGAAAAAAGAUUUAAAUGUGACCACGGAACCCGCCUCCCCAGUCGAUGAGGGUUUAGACGUGACCGUGACCUGCACUCAUGAUCUUCCCAACGGCUCCAUCAGCUGGCUGAAGAACGAUGAGUUACAGGAAGGAGAAAAUAAAAAAACAUUUCAGAUCGAGAUUAUUUUGAAGGACACAAACAUCAGCUGUAAGGUUAAAAGUGCUUGUGGGGACUUGAACUCUACUAUAACCAUUAAAGUAAAAGCUGCAAAUAAUAUGAUGAUUAUAAUGAUUUGUGUCGGGGGAGCGGCUGCUCUGCUUAUGCUGUUUGCCGUAGGCAUGAAGAUCGUGCUGAGGAGAGGACAAGUUCAGAGUCAGGCCAGGAAGAGACAAAGACAGCAGAACAUGGAGAACAUCCACAGCACUGUGAACACCGUCACCAGCUACUACUGAGAUUGAGUUUUCCUACAACUGAAGAACCCUGAUUUGGUCUGAAGUCUCGAGCCGUUUCAUUUGCACACUCAAAAAAUGAGUGUUUGGACUUUUAUGUUACUUCCCAUCUCGAGUGCCAUGUUUGUAGUUCUUUGUAGUUUUUCUUGUUGAUUAGUCUGAUUGUUCCCAAGUGUGUCUUGUUAGUCAAUUAGCUCCCUGUGUGUGUGUAUAUAUAUAUAUAUAUAGUAUAUAUAUAGCCCUUGGCUAGUAAUUACUUUGAAACCACUAGAAAAAGGCUGUUAUAUAGUAUGAAAGUAAUCUGGAUGUACAACAUCCGCCAUGUUGUCAUUAUCAUGUGACCUACCAGCAUCAGUUGUCGCUUCACUGCCAUUCAUAAAUCCUCUCCCGUGGCCUCAUGAGAUUGUAAAGUAUCCAUCAUAUGCACACUUCAGAAUCUCGUCAGAAGUAGUAGAUCAUCCGGGGACUUUUAUACUGUGAAUUCAGACAUACUUCUUUUGUCACAUACUGUUAUGUCACAUAUAGUAGUGACAUAUGCGAUUUUGGAUGCAGCCCUGGUGUUUCUUUUGUUCUUCGUCAGUCUAUGUGUGUUCCUGUUGCCAGUAUUUCCUGGUUCUCAGUGUUUCUGUCUGUGGUUUAUAAUGUUUGUUUGGUUAGUAAAAACCUCUGCUACAUUUAGAUCCGCUUCUCAUCUGCCAUCUCUUCUUCUCCUGCUUCUUUACAUGUUCAGACUCAUUUUAACCAACUGCCUUUCUACAGCUAGCCAUAUUUAAACAAUAUUCAUACUUUUUAACUGAAUAAAUUUCACAAUGAACAGAUAAAUGCUUAAAUGAAGUUAUUUGAAUAAAUGCACUUUAAAAAAAAUAUAUAAUUAUUUCAAUAAAAUAAUAAUAAAUAGCCUAAACUAUGCCAUGACUGAGUGUAUCUUAACACUUAUUUAUGUAUGACUGACAAAUUUGCAUCACAUUAAAGCCUAUUAUGCCCAUUAUCACAAGAUGUAAUAUAAGUCUCUGGUGUCCCAGAAUGUGUGUGUGAAGUUUCAGCUCAGAAUACCCCACAGAUCAUUCAUUUAUUGCAUGUUGUAAAUGCCCAUUUUUGAGUGGAAGGAAAAACAUGCUGUUUUUGUGCAUGUAUCUUUAAAAGCAAAUGAGCUGCUGCUCAGAGCCUGUACAGCUUGUGUCUCAGAUACUCUGCCAAAAACGAACAAAACAUCUGUUUGGUUUUAAUGAUCAUCUCUAUUGCGGCCAUUCUCACAUGUCACUGCAGUUCUUCAUCAUCAUGAAUGUUAUUAUUUGCAUGCGUUUUAAAGCCGUAACAGUUUAAACUUCUGAUAUAUGGUUUUCUGAGUGCACACAUCUGAAGCACGAACACACAAAGUUCACAUAAACAGUCGAUUAUGUCUGUGAAUGUAAACAGCAAGUAAAGAAAUGGCAUGUGUAUAUAGAUCUGUGUAUUAAUGUAAUAUAUGGUUCCUACUGCUGUUAAUAUGAAUCAAACAUUAAAAGAA